AUGUCUGCGUCUGCUAUGGAAAAACAUCUUUUUAAUUUAAAAUUUGCUGUCAAAGAAUUAGAACGGAACUCAAAAAGAUGCGAAAAAGAAGAAAAGCAAGAAAAGGCAAAAACCAAACAAGCCAUCCAAAAAGGAAACAUGGAAGUAGCAAGAAUACAUGCAGAAAAUGCAAUUAGGCAGAAAAAUCAAGCAAUUAAUUAUUUAAGAAUGUCUGCAAGAGUAGAUGCUGUAGCUAGUAGGGUACAAUCAGCUCUUACAACUCGUAAAGUUACCACUUCAAUGGCAGGUGUUGUGAAGGCAAUGGAUGCAGCAAUGAAGAGUAUGAAUCUUGAGAAAAUAUCCUCAUUAAUGGACAAAUUUGAGCAGCAAUUUGAAGACUUAGAUGUCCAAAGCAGUUACAUGGAGAAUACAAUGUCUCAAUCAACGACGACUGCUGUCCCACAAAAUGAUGUUGAUACAUUAAUGCAGCAAGUAGCCGAUGAAGCUGGAUUGGAACUCAACAUGGAACUUCCUCAGGGAGUGCAGGGAAGUACCAUUGGUACAGCCACUCAAGCCUCUCAGGAACAAGAUGAACUAUCUCAACGUUUGGCUAGGUUAAGGCAGGCAGAGUAGCCCCUCUUUUUGUUAAUAUUUAUUAAAACAAAUUAUAGAGUAUUAUCUAUUCAUAUAUGAGUAGAAAUUAUAAUGAAUCCACUAUCCUUUUUAAGUUCUUAGUUUUUGGUUUUUUGUUUUGAAGUAAGAUUGAUUAUUUUUAAUAUGUAGUAGAUUUAAGAAUGUUCAAAAUGUAAAGUUUUACUUAUGUAUAUUUUAAUACUUGAAUUAGCACCCACUUUGUAAAUUUGUUAUCGUUAGUGUGUUUUUUAUAUACAUAAUUACUAAUGUUUAUUAAGGUUAAUAAAAAAAAGUGAAAUCAUCAAGAAUUG